AUGGGUGCAUCAAUACGAGCAGUCUCUAUCAUCCCCUCUACAGUGUGCUCUCACUCGCCAGAAGUCGGAAACCUAAUUUAUCGAGAAUCAACAGAAACCACCCGACCACCACAGCAAAGCCACCAGCAGCCACUGGGAAUAGUGGUUUCUGGUGGCACUUCGUUUAUUCCUCCGCCUAUAUACAUCCCGAGUGGUGGAACUCCAGUUUCACUUGAACAACAGCAGCAAUUUGAAGCUUUGAAUCCAAAGAGACCGAGACACACAACAGAAUCAACCCCUUCUCCUUCUGCACCUACUACCACCAUCGCAAAUCCACAUCCACCUCAGCCUAAGAACUCGGCUGCUUCAUCAUCAGAAACGACAUCAUCUCCUUCUCAUUCCCCUCUGCAAUUCCGCUCUGCGUCUUUCGGCCAAGAAACCAGCAAUCCUGAGGAGGGUGCUGCAUUCGCCGUAGGUGACGCUUCGACUGUGGCGACGGGAAGGGAGACAACACGGGCAGAUAAAGAUAUAGAAGUUGCUGAAUUCUUGAAUAGGCAUGGGGUGAAUAGGGAUGCCCAGACUGCCGAUACCAAAUGGGAUAACAUUUUAGGUAAAUUUAGGAAGGUUUAUGAAUGGGAGAGGGAAGGUGAGCAAGAAGUGGGUAAAAGUUACUUUAGGCUCUCCCCCUAUGAGAGGAAACUUCAUAGAUUGCCGGCCUCAUUUGAUGAAGAAGUCUUUGAAGAGCUGGCUCAGUUCAUGGGGCCAAGAAUGAGGACUCCUCAAAAUAGAGGUGGCGUAGCCUUUAUUCCCGGCGGGGAUGAAACUGCUUACCUUUCCCUACCGUCCACAAGUCUUUGCCUCAACCACCUACAUUGA